AUGUCUUCAGCAGAAGAGUCGCCAGCCCAGCGAGCAGCCCGUCUCCGACGUGAGCGUCGUGAAGCUAAAAUCAAAGAGGGUGGUGCAGCGCGUUUGGAUAAGAUUACUAGUCUCAGCGGACGUACACCCGCAAGCAUGCGUGAAGAGGCCUCUCCAUCGCCAUCGCCAUCCCCCCCGUCUCCUGCACAGAUAUUAUCUACACCAGAGACCGAAAAGCCUCAACCGCAGCCGGCACCGGCACCAGCAUCAGUACCAGUCCAACCAACGUCGAACCCCGAGCCUCAGUCUCCCGAAAACCUACAGGCACAACAGGAGUUAUUCCGCGCACUUCUACGCCAAGGUGGACCAUCAUCCUCCGAGCAGGGCCCUCAGGAGGAGGAUCCUACAAUGCAAAUGCUCAAUACCUUGAUGGCAGGCAUGAAUGGGCAAGAUCAGGCUGCCGGUGGAGCUGCUGGCGGUCCAUCACCAGCCGAACUCGUGUCUGCCCUGGGGCUCCCUCCGUUUGUCGCGGAUCUGCUUGGAGCUGCAACUCACAAACCUACUGAUGAGGAGAAGAAGGAGGUCCGGACAUGGAAAGUACUGCACGUCCUGUUCGCAGUUGCAGUCGGGAUCUACUUGCUCAUGCUCAUCGGAACUUCGGUUUCCACCUACGGUAGCCAGCCACCACCCCCUGCCACUGCACAGAACCCGUUCCUUUACUUUACAACGGGAGAAGUGGUAUUGACUGGCGCGAGGUUAAUGAGCAAGGGUCGGACUGGGAGAGCUGCCGGGAUAAUGCUUUGGCUUCAACUCUUCCAGGACAUAGUCCGCGACGGUAGCCUAGUCGUGUUCUUGCUGGGGAUGGGAGCUUGGUGGACCCGUGAGUGGACAGCCUAUUAA